CUAGAAGAAGAGGGAUGAGAGCGUGAUGAUGCCCAUCAGCGAGGCCUCGAGCACGGCAAAGCGCUGUGCACGAGUCGAGAAGGGGUUAUACGUCAGCCUGAUGGGCGGCAGUGAAUAGAAACGGAGUCUAAUUGGCGUGGGAGUGCAUGACACGAUCUUACGCAGAUAAGACGGGGUGAUUCCUCCGCACCACGUGGCGGAAUAUCUUCAGGUUCGGCCACCGUUGGUACCGAAGCCGGUCAGCGAUCGCCCUUGCCUGAGCGACACACACACCAGCCGAGAUGAACCACGCACGCAAUGGCUGCGUCCCCAUCCUGUGGCGGCAGACCUCCAAGGUGUCUUCAAUGACGAAGGACGCCUCGCUCUCCUCUGUCAUCGAUGCAGAGAGUAUCGACGGUCGGCCCACAUUGGUGCUCGCAUCCGCGGUCUCCCGCCUGUCUUUCUCAUUCUCCUUCUGCUCGAGCUCAUCUUCUGUCGCCGGGACAUCUGUGACGAUUGCGGUCUUCAUGUGGGCAAUCAUCAUGGCGAAGGACUCGGCACACAGCGGAUCGAUGAAUGUGAGCUGCAUGCACGAGCAGAGGAGAGAGCAGAGGAGACACACAUGCGUUUUUGCGAGUGUGUGGAUGCGCAUGGUGUGCGGAUAUGUUUGUUGACCUUCAUGCUGCCGAUGAAGACGGAUGCGUCGUCCGCUGUGACGUGUGGCAUUUCCUCGAUCAUGUAGCCGUGAAUCUUCUGGCUCUCUUGCGAUGACACAUUCAGCACCUGCACACAAACACAUACAAAUAUGCAUGCAUCUGCCUGUGAGAAUGCGCGUGUGAAUCGCAGACCAGGCCGUCAUGCGUCCACCAGAUGUGCCCAAAAUUGCCGUUGCAUGCACCUGCACAGCACAGCAUGCACCAUGGCUUGUCUCAUCAUUAGACAGAUACAGGUCGAUCUGUUUGCCUACAGAAGCAAGCCGAGUAGGGCACCGGCCCCUCAUAUGUGAAGGAAACCGGCAUCGGCGUCUCUUCGUCUUCUUCAUCCCGAUCGUCGUCGUCAUAAAUUUCCAAAACCAUGUCCCUCUUCCCGUCCUUCGCCGCGCGGAGCAGCCGCGCCAAAGCCGUCACCGACACUGCAUGAUCGUCCUGCUGCACCUGCUCGUCCUCGUUCUCGGCCGGAAGCAGCUCACCGACGGACGGGAACUCCGGACAGACGGAAAUCCUGGCAUGGCUCUGCGGUGACUCGACCACGCCGGCCAGGAAGGUGUCUUGGUGGAUCAGCUGCGAGGUCUCCUGCUGCUGCAGUAGUGUCUCCUGCUGCCUCAAGCCGGUCACAAAGGUCUGCUGCUUGAGGCGUGAGAGGAUGUCUCUGUCCUCGGUGUGGGAGCCGACACUUGUCGGCAGGAUGGUGAGCAGGAGCGUGUUGUCGCGGUCGAAGAGGGAGACGGCCCUCUCGUUCUCGUCUUCAUGGAUGCUCUCGAUUGCGUCGAGCUCUAUUGCCUUCAGGGGGCCGUUGGUGUCGAUCAGAUGCCUCCACUGUACAACACACAUCGGGCAGUCAACAGCAGCGCAGACAACACUCACUCAUUCACACACAUCUCACGACCUCACCUUUGUAUCUCUGAAGUGCACGGCGGGGUGCAGAAACAGCUCCGUUUUUGACGCCCACAUGUAGAACGGCUCAAAAGACUCAUCCGCCGUCUCUCGGUCCUCAACCACGUACACAGUCACCGCAUCCGGAGGCGGCACCGAUGUGUCGCUCGCCAGCGACUUGCGCGGCUGCCCGGUGUCUCCGUCUGUGUCCUGCUGCUGCUGCUGUGGAGUGUUGUCCUCCCGUCGGGCAUAGUCGAUCUGUGCCUGCAUGAGCAGCACAUCCAGCUGCUCAAGCCGCUGCUGCUCCCUCUUCUUCUGGUUGGUCAGCCGCGUGUGCCGCCUCGUCCCGACACUUGCACGCGACAGCCUCGCCGUGGUCUUGCUGUGCUUCUGCAUCUCAAUCUCCUUCAUGACCGAGAGGGUGAAGUGGUCCGCCGGCUGGUGUGCCCCUCGGUGUCUGAACCGGCGGAUGGCCACGAGGGCGUCUUUGAUUGAGGCGCGGUGGUCUCGCUGCUGAUCUUGCUUCUGCUUUUUCUUGCUGGGCCGCCGCGGGCAGAUGAUGCCGAAUAGGAGGAACAGCGGGAGUAGGGGGAAGAGGAUCAGCCGCCUGGGAGUUAUGUAGAGCGGCCCGAUAGGCAGACACCCCUGACACAACAUAAGACAGACAGAGAAGGAGGAAACGUGUCGGAUACGUGUCUCUUGGUCUCACGAGUAUUCGAAUGGCGGGCAUGACGACACAGAGGAAUCCGCUGUUCUCCCGCCUUUCAUAGAUGUCGCGGAAGAAGAAGGGGAGCCUGUCGUCGAUCGGCAUCCAGUCAAAACGAUCCUAACACACGACCAGGGACGCAUUUGUGUCCUGUUAGACACGCACAUGGCUCACUGGACACACUCACCCGCAGCCACAGAGCGACAACGGGGACCUUGAGCAAGGCAGUCGACAGCACCACAAACACCAAACCAAGAUUGCCUAGAGAAAGGAUUACAGGUGUCGAUAAAUGAGCGACACCUCAUCAGUAUGCGUGUCUCUUUGUGAUGCCUACCGGCCUUGAGCAUGCUGAGCAGCACACUGGUGUCGAAUGUGAGCUGUGGACUGUCGCUGCCCUUGCCGCCGUCCACACGCACAUGAUCGUCCACAUAAAUCGCAGCCGUAAACGUCGUCAGGUGUGUACACGCGCACUUCACACAUACACAGAGAAAGGUACACAUUCAUACCCGAGACGCAUGCCUUCGUCUGGUGGAUCGCACCUGGAUCGACACAUCAGUGGCCGUCACGUUGCAUUGCGCAUCGACGUACUGCUCAUUCCCCUCAUCCCACUGCAUGCACGACGGCUGUCCAGAGGGCGCCGAUGCAUCCCGCGGGAAUGACAGCACCAGGUCAACGUUCUGCACGUCAGUGAGCUUCGUCGCGUCUCGCCAAAGGUCCACUGUGAUGGCCGUGUCGAGCACAAGUGCUUCUGGUGUGGGUGUGUGUUUGGACAGAAGGGGGUUGCUGGGCAGAGUGACUGCGGUGGCGUGCGUGGCGUUGGCAUUGGCUAUACUUGCCGCUGAGAGAAAGAUGCGCGUCUGCAGACAUAGAUGCAUGUGUGUCUCUUUCCUCUUUCACGCCUCUCUCUCUCGCUGGCUCACUGUGUUGAUGCCCAGUAUGGUGUUGGCCUGUCUGGGCGUCAUUUGGAUGGAGAAGUCAUCCUUGGUGUGCACCAAAGGCAGCGAAUACUCCCGGGCAAGCCUCGUGAUAUUCUCAUAGACCUCGUCCUGCAUUUUCAGUUAAGAAACAAGAUGCAUACGCACAUACACGUGCUCUUUCUGCUCAUAUUGCCCACCAUCAGUGCCAACGCGUCUGUGGCGUUGCCAUCCUUGGUCAAGAAUCCCCUCUUCGCCAAGGCAUUCAUGACGGCGGGCAGCACCCGCAGCAGCAGUGAGGCGCUCUCUUUGUCUGUCUCCGUGAUCAACUCUGUCAGCUCCCUCACAACCGCCACCAGUUCGCCAGCCAUUAGUGUGUCUCCGGCCAUGUCGGCCAGCUUCUCAGCUGCCUGUGCGACAAGCAUCUGGGUCUCUUGCGUAUCGUCGUCAGUAUCGAUCAAGGAUAGAAGUUCCAUCAGCUGAGACAUGAAGACGGCAUCAUCACCUUCUCCCUCUUCCUCUCCUUUCCCCCUUCCGGCCUCUGACGCAGCAACAAUGUAGGAAGCGAUUUCUGCGGAAUCAGCGGUGCCGUUCAGCAUGUCGCUUAUGUUGCGGAGCGGCGCCGCUGCUGCUGAGACAACAAUUCUCGCAUAGGGGCAGGUCGGUGUGCUCUUGUCGUUCGUCGCCGUGCAGAGCGACGACAGCAUCCAUGGCAGCUGGGUGUUGUGAUGGCACGGCAGAUGGCAGGUGUUGUUAAGCGCGUCCGUGAUAUGCGAAUAGAUCAGGUAGUCUCCUGGCGGCAGAUGCACGAGCAGACAGGGGUCCUGUCGUCGGUAGGACAGCACUCGUAUCGGCUUGACGCUUUCAAAUUCGGUCACGAAGGUGCUGUAUGUUUCUCGGCCCAUCUCGCGCGCAUAAGGGUCGAUCUCCCACCCAUACUGGUCGAUGUGCACUCGGCCAUCCCCCACCGACGCCCGCAACUGGCCAGCCACCGGGAAGAGUGUGGCGCGUAUGUUUGUGUGCCAGUCGUCGGUCUGAGCGUGGUAGAUCCAUCCGGGGUGCAGCGUCCCCGCCGGGACGCUCCCGUUGGCUAGCGAUAUCUCCUCGGCAAAAACCUCUUCUGCUUGUACGCGACCGUAAGACACCAAAGGCGUCAGUAUGGUGGGGGCACUCGUCCCCAGAUCCACAGCAGCAUGAGACGACACCGGCCGCUCGAUGCUCCUGUCAAUGUGUCGGAAAGACGUUUGCAGGUCGCGUGUGACAGUUAUCGCGCCGGCGGCCACGCUGCCUUUGCUCAGCUCCUGGCUGGCUUCGACGGCAAACACAUAUAUUCCCUGCCGUGUGUUGUUCAGUCUGUAGGAGACGCUCCUCUCCGUAAAUGGCACCACCUGUGUCGCAAUCAGGGCGCUUCCAUUCAUGUUGCUCUCCAUCAGCGUGUAGUUGAAGCAAUCGUGCACUGUCGCGUUGGCAGCAAGAGCCCGGAACAGCAGCUGAGGGGCCGACAGGUAUGGCGGAGUGCGUGUGGGCGAGACGGCAAAUCUCGAAGUGACAGGCGUCCAGACGCAGUACCAAUCCGUCCUUGUUGGCUGCGCCGCGCCUUGUGGCUCGAUGUCCAGAGCAAGGGUCAUGUUGCCGCCCAACGAGAGAGACAGUGCUGGCGCGUCGUAUCUGUCGACCCGACGGGGAACACGGCUUCCCUGUUGCAAGUCGGCGAAGUGAUGUUGGCGGCGAUAUCGAACCGGCUCUCGACGUCUUGUUCGGAGACGCUCAUCACGAGAGUGGACGUGUUGCCACGAUCCGGCAGCCACGUCACCGUUGCAUUGCGGGGAGCCCCUGAUCGUAGACGUAUCUGCAACAAGGCAGCAAUAGGCGCCGAUUCGCCUGAUUGAUCGGCUCUUCUCUCUUAACCUUCUCCGUGGGCUUGAACGUGUAUAUUUUGCGCUCGACUGACACAAUUGGCUCGUUACAGCAGGUCUCCUUGAGCAAGGGAAUCUGCACGCGCCUUGUUGCGGAUACGGAAAGGUAGCUCUCGACCGUUAUGACAAGCAGCAGCGGCUUCGAGCUGAUCUCCUGAACCUGAGCCAGCAACGUCCGGCUCAGCACCAGCGUCGUGACUGGCCUCUUCAAGCCUGCACCACCACGACAAACGGUUGUCUGCCGGUUUACGCGUUAUUGGCGUACCUGAUGCCUGCUCCAGCGUGUCAGAGAGCGGCAAACACAGCUGUCUCGGCUCACAGCCGAACGAAAACUUGACCUUCCGUCCGCCGGCUCCGCCCACCAACACGUCCACGCGCAAAUCCUCUUUGCCACAGGUAGAAAAAUGGUCAGGUGCCAUCACGCGGAUGGAGGGAAAGACGGUGUCGAUUUGGGGAGAUGCCAAGUACUUCACGUCCUCGGUCGGGUUCAGCGUGCUCCUGACUUUAUCUUGCAGAGACAGCGUCGCUCCCUCUCCAGCAAUCAACAAGACGCACCUUCUGUCAGGCGUGGCCCACAUGCAGUGGGCUCCCUGGCCAAAAAGGCCUAUGCUGCCGAUGGCCGCGCAGGGGUUGCUGCCCUUGCAGCAGAGAGGCGCCUCGAAGCAGACAUGGGAUACCGCGGGCGAGAAGGACGCGGCGGCUGACACAAGUCGGGGCUGAGGGUACGGCGUGUCCUCGGAAUCGAGGGUACAGAAGGUGGAGCAGCCGUCUUGCGAGAAACGGUUAGAGUCGUCUGGAUGGCACAGAAGAAGGGACACAAGCCAUCACCCCCUCAGACCCCUGCGCAUGGGUGCGUGUGCGCAUACCGCAUUGUUCGCCUCCUUCGAUCAUCCCAUUCCCACACCUGGCACUCUAAAGAUGGAGAGAUUAACACAGAUGUGACUGUCUUCUCUCAUCUAGGGUGCUUACGCAGUUUUUCGAAGGGUUCAGUGCCAGACAUCCCUCCGCUGUGGUGCAUGUCUCCCCGCAUAUAUUGCCAGGGUAGACCUCGAUAACCGAAGACGCUGCCGGCUCCACUGCAAAGUCUUCUGGGUCUUCACACGUGCCGCUGUCCGAGGCAUCGCACAGACAUGCCUUGAAGCUGCCCGCGUGGGGUGGAGCCACACUGUCGCACACAAUCUGCUCGUUGGUGGACUGCUGUGACGCUGGGCAGAUGACAGCCGGGGCCGCCGAGCCGCAAGUUGUGCUUGCGUCGCCGGCAAUAAGAGUCAGCCUGUCGCGUUGGGCAUCGAAGUAAUUGCCCCUGAUGACCAGCGUGAUAUUCUCGCCCGCCCCGGGAGCCUUGCCGGGGUUCGACUGCUCCACCGCAGUAACAACGCUCUUUUCUGAAAGGAUACACACACACACAACGCAUUCGAGGAGGCGGAAAAAGAAUUGGAUGGCAAUCGAACUCAAUCGAUAAUGCUCAUCAGCCAGUUGCCCCCGCCGGCGUUUUUGGAAGGUGCGAAGUUGUUCGCGGCCGAGCAGUCGCCGUCGAGUGUAGGUGAGGCAUCGCACUUGCAGAGACACAGCUCGGGGGCGACCCUGUAUGCCACCGUGGUGCACACCAGCGACGGGUCGCAUAUCAGGUCAAAUCCCCCUGACUGCGCACAGGAGCCGCACGUGGCCAGCUUGAGUCGAUCCGUCUGCGUGUCGAAGCCAUCUGCCACAAGCUGUACUGUCUGCGGCUCGCUCUCGAUCAGGACCUUCGGGCUGAAGUCCCUAAUAAUGAAAGAGGCUAUGGCACACACACACAAGAGAGAUCAUAAAUGUAGAGGACAGGAUGAUCGUGGUCACCGGAUAAUGAGGCGAGCGGUUGAGGGCCUGGAAUGAUGAUCUCUUGGAUGAGCGCCACGGAGUCGUUCAGGAUGAAGCUCAAGCUCUGGCACGCGACAGAUGUAGUCUUCUCCUGCUUGCUAAGCGACAGAUCCUCAGCCAGAACCACAUCCGGCGUCCGCGGCAACUUCACGUCGGAGUCUUUGAAGAGGUUCUCCAGGAUCCGUGCAGAGGUGUUUCUCGCCUGCGCCCUCAGCUGCUGAUAACUCUCCAACAGAAACGUGUUGUUGGAUCGCGGCACCCACUCGUCGUGGCAGAGGGCCACUAUGUAGCCAUGAUCCGACGUGAAGUCGAAGGGGGCCGCAGACGAGCUCCGUGUCUUGCUUGUUGAUGUCGUCCUUCAAAUCCUCGGGAAUCUCACAAGGCAGCAGAUAGAAUCUUUGGACUUUGAACUCCUCGAGCAGCUGCUCCAGCGAUGAUUGCGUGCCCGACAGUUCUGUCACCAGAGGGAACAGCAUGAGCUCGUCUGAGCGGUCAAACCGCUUGCCACUUAGAGUGACAGACAACUGAGGGCGCAUGAGGCACACUGCGACAUCUGCUCAUGUGCCUCUGUGAAGAUGUCCCACCUUAACCCCGACUUCUGGCGGCCUUGAGACGUCCACACUCUCAACCGAUGCUUGCACUGACAAAGAGGCAGGCCGACACAUGACAAGAGAAAGAAGAAAGCGGCAUGUGUUCUCUUCGAUAUGUCUGUCACCAUAGCAGGUGGACUGAUCGUCUUCCAAUCGAGCAGUGCCCGAGCACUGACACUCAAAGCCGUUGAGUCUGUCCACACACACGUCACUGCAGUUGUUCAUCGACGAUGCCGCGCACUCAUUGACGUCUACAGAGCAAGGCAGUGUGAGACAGAAUGCGUGUGCACGCGAUCUCAUUAUCUCAUCGCUUACCAAAGAGCAGCCCAGUGUACGAGUAAAACAGAUUGCCUGAGCCGUAUGAGUCAAUUACAGCCCCCCCAUGCGAAGUCACGCUCAGAGGUCCUUCUGCCGGGAUCUGCAGGGUCACGUCCAGAUAAAUCUCUUCCCGCACCGCUGCGCCAAUCAGUGCCGCGCUCGUCACCUAGCACAUGCACCUUGAAAUCAUCGUAUCUCAAUAUCUCGGCUGAGGUGGCUUACGUGUAUUUGGCUGGUGUCGACAUUCCGGACCAGCUCGGAGAACUCCAGUGUCAACACGUGCGUCUCAUUGUUGGUAAUGACGGUGGCGUUUGUAUUUGGCAAGACCACGUGCGGGGGAAUGAUCGCUGCUCAACAACAGAUUCACAGCAAAUUGCAAAUAACGAUUCAUUUCAGAUCUGUCCUCACGUGUCGUCCUGAUGGCCCGCGUGGCGGCGACGGUCUGGACAGUGCCGCCCUCGUCGACAGCCACAAAUGAGAUAUCGUGAUUGGUGUCGGGAACCAGCCCAGAGAAGGUGAAGACCCCACUGCUGCCAAAGGCCAUCUGCUGCUUUGGUGAUACGCUGGUGGUUGGUGGCUGAUUGACCAAGUCGAAGUCGGAGACGGUGUUGGUCACAAAGUCGGCGCUCGUGAUUGGCUGGCAGUAUAUGAACGCCGUCUCAGAAGCGACGACUUGCACCGUGAUGGUCUCCUCACUAGCCACGAUCGAUGUCGCAUUGAAGGGGAGAACGGGCGGUGUAAUGUCCGAGUCCACCGCGGAAACUUGCAU